AUGAGUGCUCAAGUUUCGUCCGCCACCUCAUAUAAUCAUCUUCACGGCUUCCAUUAUUCUACUACCGAUUUCCAACAUUUUAAGAAACGUCCAUUUGAUCAAAAUGCUUUUAACCAAGAAACUCCAGAGUUAAUACACAACAUGUAUAAGAAAAUAAAGACAACCACACCUUCUUUACCAAAGCAACCCCAAACACAUGUUUCCCCUCCAUUUGGUACUUCUAGAAAUAUCGAUAUUAGAGAUAUCGAAAAAGAUAUUGAAACAAGUUUACCUUUAGGUAUUCCCCGGAUUAUCGAUUUAGCCACGGGAGAGACUUUAGAAUCUAUCCCAUCCCUGGAACAAUUAAAGAGCAGAAAAUUGAAACGUCCUAUAGAAUUAGUUGAGAAUCAAGAUAAAUUAUCUAGUACUCUUGAGCCCGUGGAAGAAAUCAAGAAUAGUUCACUUCAUUUACAUAAAAGAGUUCGAACUUCCAAAGAACAUAUGUGCAACUUUAUUGAAGAGGACGACGAAAUGAUGAACUCUAGAAUUUAUGGACCUGGUGUCGAUAUUAUAAAAGAACAUAAAGCUGAUUCUAAUACAUUUUCAUCUAAUAAAGAAAAAUCUGUUAAUUCUACAGAAAAUCAAUCCCUGUCACUAUAUGUUCAAAGAAAACCAACUUCAAAUAUAAAAUUUACACUUCCUUAUCAAAAAGCAAUGACUAGAUAUAUGCGUUCACAAUUCCAGCAUUUGAACAACGAAGAGUAUGAAAAUGAGGGCAAGCAAUUAAUUUUAUAUCGUCCCAAAAACGAGGAUUAUUUUAAGAGUCUUAACGCUCUUAACAACUUUUUGAAAGAUAAAUCUUAUAUUGAAGGUUUCGAACCAUCCCAAGCUGAUGUUGCCAUAUUCGAAGCCUUGAAUCAUAAAGUUCCAGACUCUACUAAGUUUCCUCACGCAACUCGAUGGUAUAAUCAAAUUACCUCUUAUUCUGAUUCAUUUCUUUCGCUCCCUGGUACAAAAAAAGAUGCAUCAUCAUAUGGACCUGAUGUUGUUGAAGCUCCAGCAGAAGAAAAGAAAGGUGACGAUAGUGAUAUUGACUUAUUUGGUUCUGAUAAUGAAGAAGAUGAAGAAGUUGAACGACAAAAGGCACAAAGACUUGCAGAAUAUCAACGUAAAAAGGCUGCUAAACCAAAAGUUAUUGCUAAAAGUAUGGUUGUUCUAGAUGUUAAACCUUGGGACGAUACUACGGAUUUAGCUGAAAUGGAAAAGGCCGUAAGGAGAAUUGAGUUGGAUGGUCUCACGUGGGGCGCUUCUAAAUUGGUCCCUGUUGGUUAUGGUAUCAAAAAAUUGCAAAUUACGUGUGUCGUAAUAGAUGAUAAAGUUGGUGUUGACGAUUUGGAAGAAAGAAUCACUGCAUUUGAAGAUUUUGUUCAAAGUGUUGAUGUAGCUUCUUUCAACAAAUUGUAA